AUGAGCCGCUCCUCCUCCUCCUCCUCCUCUUCGCUGCCGGCCCACCGCCAGUCGACAGUCCCCGGCGAGGAGGCCGCCGCCCCGCAGUUUGAACUCACCGCCGUCGUCCACGACCUCCGCGAGCCGCUCCUCCACGCGGACUGCCAGUCGGACGUCAUGGCGCUUCUCGGCAGCGGCGGCGCUCUCAUCCUGCGGGACGGCAGACGCGAUGGGCCGCCACUCGCCGCCGCCGUGCGCAAUCCAUAUCGUGUCUUUGUGGAUCCCACAGGCACACACACCCUCACAGCCGCAACGGACGGUGUUGUUUAUUACCACUCCCCACACAGACGGAGAGUGACGGGGCAUUUUACACUCCAACAUCGUGGCUUUACGCGGGAUGGGAUUAUUCCCUCCUUUACGACGAAUAAUAAUGUCGCAGAGUGUGUCUAUUGGUUGCCUACUUCAGAAGGAGAAGUAACAGGAACUACAAUGACAACAACCACAGCAGUCACCACAACUUCCGAGGCAAUAGUAGCAGAAGAUUCCACUUACUCAACAUCAACAUCAACAACAACAACAAUAGUACGUUGUCUUAUUGGAACGAAAAUUGGAGGUUUUGUAUUUGAAGUUACAAUGGAAGUACCAAUGGAAAGUGGAACUGUAAAAACGGUAUGUCGUCAAUGUCUUCAACUUCCUACUAGUAGUUUUCAAACUCCUGUCUCUUCUAUUCAAGCAGAACGUGUAAACUCACUUUGGGUCGUAUUUAUUUCAACUCCUAGUAAACUUUACCGAAUAGAAGGUGAAGUAGAUUAUCCAACGACAUUAUUAGAUAGAGCUGGAGCAGAACCUGAUAUUAUACAUCUUCGUGAAGUAUUUAAUGCCCAAAACUCAUCAGCACGUGGAGUAUUUUCAAUGUAUCGCCCAGGUGAAGGAAUGCCGGCACAAUCAUAUGCCUGGACGAGUACUGGUGGAAUAGUUCAUGGAUUAUUUAAUCGUUCAAUUGAAGAAGGUUUAUGCAAAAGUGAAGCUACAUUAUUUGGAUGGAAUGAUCAAAAUACAGUGAUUAAUGAACAACUUCUUGCAUUAACAAGAGUUAAACAAGUUGAGCAUUCUAGUACUACUACUACUACUACUACUACUACUACUACUAGCGCUACUAAUGCUAAUGCUAGAGUUGCUGCUGUACCUCCUCCUUCAUCUUCUUCAGGUAAUUUAACGACAUCUAAUAAUAAUAAUAAUAAUAAUAAUAAUAAUAAUAAUAAUAGUCACAGUUUACCUCGAGAAAAAAUGCCAAUGGAAGUUUUAUUAACUGCAUUUCAUAUGGUUUUACUAUAUAAUGAUCGUCUUGUAGUUUUAAAUCACCCAGCAGGUCUUACCUGGAGAAGUUAUUCUUCUACACUUCAUGGAGAUUUUCCUUAUACAUGCGAAAUUGAAGAAAAAAUUCGAUUUGAUCCUUUUCGUGGUGCUAGAAAUCCACAAGAGUUUUCUGGAAUUAUUAGAGAUGUGGCAGCUCGUAAAAUGUACAUAUUUGGAAAAAAACAUUUAUGGGAAUUACAUGUGGAACAAGAACAUCGUCAACAAUGGCGUUUAUUCCUUUAUAGAGCUAUGAAUACGAAUGAAAGUUUACUACUACGAAAACGUUUUUUUUACGCUGCUUAUCAACUCUGUAAAUAUAAUUCACCUUGUAAAAAUCUUGUACAACUUUUACGUGGUAAAUUUUUUCUUCAAAUUGGAGCUGUUCGUCAUGCAACGGAUAUAUUAGCAGAUUGUGAUCGUUUUGAAGAUGUCUAUCAAUUUUUAGUUUCUCUACAAAAUAAUAAAGUAUUACAAUGGUAUGUUGAGAAACGAUAUAAAAUGUUAUUAAAGUUUGCAUUAAAUAAAAAAGAGAUGGCCACUCAAUUAGCUUGCCUUUUAGCCCUUAUUAUUAUUCAACGUCUCGAUCGCAUUACUCGAAGUGAAAUAGGAGGAGAAAAAAGUACAGAAGCUUCUUCAAGUCUUUCUAAAUUUCUUGAAGAAUCUAUUUUAGAACAACCAUACUUGUUUGAAAAUACCGCCUAUGCUGAACUUAUUGGACGACUUUUAGAAAGUCAAGGUAGACCUGAACUGGCAUUACACUAUGCAGAAAAAAUGAAUAAAUUACAUUAUCUAGUGACCUAUCAUGUUUCUCAAGGAGAAUAUAUUCAAGCCGCUGAUAUUUUAGCUUCUUAUGCACGUUGUGUAGAUACACUUAAAAUUUGGUAUGAAUUUGCUCCUGUUUUAGUGAAAAAAUGUCCUAUUCGACUCACUAGAGCGAUGCUACGAGCAGUAGGACGAGAUGCACAGGGAACUCCAUAUAUGUUAUUACAACUUGAACGACUUAUUCCUGUUUUUAUUCAAUAUUCCCCUGAAAUGAAUGAAGAACCAAAUAAUAAAGAACAUCAAGUUAUUAUAUUUCUUGAACACUGUAUUACAAAGUUUGAUUGUGUAUCUACAGUAGUACAUAAUUAUUAUUUAAGUCUUCUUGCUCAACAUGAUGGUGAACGUCUUGAGGAGUUUCUGGAAUCUUCUCUUUUUUAUAGUGUUGAUUUUGCAUUACGUCGUUGUCUGGAGGCUCGUCGUUAUCGUCAGUGUGUUGGUUUAUACCGUCGAUUACAUCUUUACGAAGAUGCUAUUCGAAUCGCAUUAGAGUGUUCUGCCCCAUCCCAGCGUCAAGGUAGUAAUCCAUCUGAAGAAGAAUGGCCAGCAUUACGAAUGGUAAAGGAAUUAUUACAAUCUCUUACAGAUAGUGUAGAACCAUCUAAACUGAAGAAACUUUGGCGUAUUGUGGCUCAAUAUGUGAUGGAAAAAAAUAAUACACGUGCGGCUCUUGCGGUUGUUGAAGAUUCUGGAGGUGUAUUAAAACUGGAGGAUGUGCUAGGUGAUAUUAGUGAUAGUAAUGUACUUCAGAAUUUUAAGGAUGCGAUAUGUAAAAGUUUAGAUGCAUAUACUUCUACCAUUAGAGUAUUGAAAGAACAACAAGUGGAGGCAAAUCAAAUAUCAGAAGGUUUAAAACAGGAAAUAUCUCAAUUACAAAAUCGUUUUGGAUAUGUAACUGCUAGACAAUGUUGUUUAUUGUGUCAUCGUGGUCUUCUUCAGGGAUCCGCACCAUAUUGGAUUUAUCCAAAUUGUCGACAUGCUGUUCAUGAGGCCUGUGCGGUAUCGAGACUUGAAGAGAUUGGUGGACUUGAGGCUUUUUUCUCUGAUGAGGGUCUACCACGGCAGUUUCUUGAGGGAGUGACGUGUACAAGUGAUUUGGCUCAAGUGGAAUGUGUACUCUGUGGGGAAGCUUCUAUUCUAGAGAUUGAUAUUCCUCUUUUUGAAGAGGAUCCCUCAUGGUCUGUAGAAUAG